UGUUUGUGCGCACUCUGGUCGCAGGCUCACCCACCAACCAGGAUCAACCAGGAUUCCGGAAGGGCCCCUCCAUGCGGUAAGUGACACAAACACACACCCGAAACGUGGCACGGGCCACCGCAGGCAGCCUCUGUCCCAUACCCACUUGCCAACUGUGCACUUUGCCAUAAACAUGGGCACACCGCCUUGUGCAAGGAAGUGAGUUUGGAGUCCCUGGGGUAGACCAGGCCGGAUGUGGAGGGUGGAGUUGGAGGGCCUUCCCCCAGGUCUCUUCAUUCCUUUUCCAGGCAAGAUCCCUCAUCAGCCCAGACUGGGCCUCUCCUCCCCAGGCCUCAGGAAGUGGGUCCCAGCAGGAUCAGCCCAGUAGGUCCAGAUGGGUCCUGGGAUCAAGUGGUUCUGUCCUUCAUGUUUCUGGCCUCUGGGCCCAUAUGUUCUGUGCCCUUACUGGACCCAAGGUACCCUCCCGUCCAUCCUUUUACCAGGAGGUGAGGGCUGGACACUAACUCGAUGCAGGAGUAGAAACAGUCACUCCAGGGAGGUUUAGGGUGUUGGGUUCCAGGACUCAUGCUGAGAAGUCUCCAGGAGCCUCCCACCAGCCAGUAAGUCUCUGGCCUGGCUCAGGUUGAGAUGGGUGGCGCUGGGCAUCUCCCUGGUCCUCCCAUGCUAUCCCUGGACUCUGGUUUGCCAGCCUGCCCUCCUCCCUCCUGAGCUGCACCCUGGCUCCUCUUGGCCAGCUGGGGCUGGCUCUAUCACCCCCACUCCGUCUGACAUAAGAGAAAAAUGGUCGAUUGAUGAGUAGGGUUGUGUGUGUGGGGGGGGAGGGGGGGUCACCCAGCCCUGGAGUGAAUCAGGAUGGAGUGAUUGAGCCAGGAGAGGGAGACUCCCGACAUUAGGAGGUAUUCCCUGCCAUGUCUCUACACAUAGCCCCUUCUGGACUUAGAGAAGUCUCCCGGCUCCCUUGCCUGGGCACUGCCCAUAACAUUCCAAACGCUUCUCCAAGAGAUGCAGCCCCUGGGAGCACUACCCGCUGGCAGAGUGAUGCCUCACAACUCCAGCCACAGGGAAGGCAUGGUCCAUGUAGAUGAGACCUGGAAAGGGCAGGACAGGGACAGGGAAGGAGUGUGGAUAGGUGAAAGGGGAGGCCUGGCCCAAAAUACCUCCUCUCCAUUCCCCUCUGAGCCUCCAGGGGCUUCAGGCAGCAUCAUCCCUGUGUACUGUGCCCUCCUGGCUACUGUGGUCCUCGGUCUGCUUGCCUAUGUGGCCUUCAAGUGCUGGCGCUCACAUAAACAAAGACAGCAGCUGGCCAAAGCUCGGACUGCAGAGCUGGGGGCCCUCGACAAGGACCAGACACACAGGGAGAGCAGUGUCUUCCAGGACUCUCCUAGCAGUCUGGAGUCCUGUGUCCCCAGCCAGGGGCCACAUCCGGAGCUUGGCUGCCGUCUUUACCUUCAUCUCCCUCGACAGCAGCAAGAGGAAGUGGAGCGGCUCCUGGGAGUGUCAGGCGAACCUGAAAAGGGCUGGCAGGGCCUGGCAGGCCGUCUGGGCUACCAGGCUGAGGCUGUGGAGACCAUGGCCCGGGGCCAGGUGCCAGCCUACACUCUGCUGAGGGACUGGGCUGUCCAAGAAGGCAGCGGUGCGACACUCAGGGUGCUAGAGGACGCCCUGGCUGCCAUGGGUCGUGAAGAUGUGGUCCAGGUCCUGGGCCUCCCGCCUGAGGACUGCUCUGUGGUGUGAGUGAUGCCUCCACAGCCUCACCUCUCAGGGUACUUACUGCUCUGGUGCUCCCGACCACGCCUUCCCUUUCAUGGGCUCCUUGGCAUUGGUGGGCUUAGCCUGCUCUGUUCUGGUGGGACACAAAGUCCAGCCACUAUUCAUCUUCCCUUGCCCUCCCUGCCUCUGAGACAGAGACCAGGAUAUGGGGGGAGGUGGCAGUAAGGAAUGGGUCUGCUCUCCUUCCUUUGCCUUAAUUGGUUUUUUUCUACUUUUGUAUUCCAUAUUAAAGGAACUUUGGGUUACUGUA